UCGCCAGAGAUCACAUCGCCACCUGCACUCACUAAAUCUUAGCCCCCAAAUCCACCGAAUCGCCCCCGAGUUGACUCACCGAGUUAUACACCAUGAGCUGGCUCAGGAGAAUCGAACUCGUCGAGCCUUACUACUGCCCGCCGGCGUUCCUCCUCCGCGAGACCACCAUUUUCGCCGCGCCGAAAUUCCCUUCGUUCUUCAAAGAGGAGGAGGAGGAGGACGAUUGCGAGCUCGGAUACGCACUGGACCUGCUCUGCCCUAGCCCCGCCGCCGUCAAGCAGCCGUCGCUUUUGUCCUACAAGCUGAUCCAGCGCGUGGAGAAGCUCGGCGGCGAGCUCUACUUGCAGAGCCUGAGCGACCGAGUCGCCGAGCUCGAGUCGCGGUUCGAUCGCCUCGCGAAGAUCAAGGCUGCUGCGGCCGGCGGCGGCGGUCGGAAGUACACGUAUACGGCGGAGAUCAAGGCGCCGGAGAAGAAAUACACAUGGACGACGGACAUCAAGGAGGGGAAGCAUAAGAAGAGUGAGAGGAAGUACAAAUGGACGGCGGAGGUUGAAGGGAAGGGAGAGAUCUCCAGGAAGUACACGGUUACUGCGUCGAGUGGCGACGCAGAGGAUCAGAGUGAGAAGAAGGAGAAGGAGAAGGAUAAGAAGAAGAAGAAGCAUCAUCAUAAGGUGAAGAGUGGCACUCGUGUGGUUGAGAUUGAAGAGCUUGCACCUGAUCAUGGGGCUGUGGUUCUAAGACAGGCUUUUGCUAGGAGAAUUGGAGGUAGUAAAAUUGCUAAGGGGAAGAACAAGGAACUGUCUCCUCAGGAUGCAGCGAUGAUGAUACAGGAGAAAUUCAGAGCUUAUCUGAUUCGCCGAUCGCAUGCUCUUCGGGCCCUUAGGGACCUGGCUGUUGCCAAGUCCAAGCUGAAGGAGCUGAGAGCAUUGUUUCAUAACUUCUCUUACCGCCGCCGUGUGGCUCAUGACACAGCAGAGCGUCAAAGGUUUGCUGAAAGGAUCAUUGUUCUGCUCCUCACUGUGGAUGCCAUUGAGGGUGUUGAUGUAAUGGUGCGAUCUGCAAAGAGGUCGAUGGUGGAUGAGCUGGAAGCGAUGCUUGAGGUGGUUGACCCCCAACCAGCUGGAAAAUCAUUGUCCAUGAGGAGGAGAACCUUUGAUAUGCCAGAUGGUGUCAUCCAAAGGGAGAUUGCUGAAGGAGUGGCACAAGUUGUCCAAAUGCUUGAUCGUGAAGAGAACGGUUCUACUUCUACCUUUGAGGCAUGUUUGUGAGAACCACAUGAUAAUGUGACUGCUUAUUACCUCUCUUCAGAGGUUCUCAUGUUGUAGUUGUAGUCUAGAGAUUUGAAGGACUGGUUAUUAUGAGAGUACAAUUUUUUUUUCAAAACUUAGCUUGAUCGUUUCUGACACUAGCGACCCUGGGUUUGGAAUUGAUUUCAACUCAUUGUGUGCUUAGACUUUGUUUCUUUGAAGUGCUGCCUUAUUUAUAUAUCAGAUCAUUGGGUUUUCCAGAUGUACUUUGUUUUGGUUUACUUCGCAAUCAGAGUAAAGCCUCAUCUACAUUCUACGAA